ACCAAAUGGGAAGUUACCGGCACUUUUCGCCGGAGGAAUCGAACUUUGUACAGUUGUCAAAUUAAAUUUUGCAUGUAACGCUAACUACGCCACCGACAUAAGCGCUUGGCAUUUGUAUUUAAAAGCUCUGAUUGGAGUGAAUUCUUGAGCGUGCCUUGAAUGUUUAUGAUAUCCCCUUAAAAAAUAGUGAAGGGUAGAUUUUUUUUUUCUUCCAAUUCUAUCAGAGGGUCUACCAGUGAAGGGGCGAGCAAUUUCCAUUUCAUAGUUUUGGAGUAGAUAAUCUCCCAAACAGGUUUUUCCUCUAUUGUUUGGCUGGUCAAUCUUCUGUCUGCAGAAUUUGUAAGCUGCACUCUUUUAUUCCUGAGCAGAUUUAAGUUCUGUUUAGCUUUCAAUAAUAAUCUGAUCUUGUUUCUCCUUUACUUUUCUUCAUGCGAUAAUUGUAAAUUUCUACCAACUUCUGAGAAAGAAAAGAAAAGAAAAAACUACAGAAACCAUCAACAUGUUUUAACAUCAUUUUUAUACUAGUGAAGAGACUUGUCAUAUGGUGCUGUCGUUCACAUCAGCCCCCAAAUUCUGCCCCCUUUUGGCUGAUGUUUAUGACAUAUCAUUAGUUUAGAAGACAGACUUGCUUUGCUGUCCUAUAUCAGAUAUUACCAUUGUUUUCAUUUUUCAAAGACAGCCUGAAUUUCCAAGCACUAUGGUAGAUUAAUAAUUAUGUUAUAAGCAAAAGCAUACUAGAUGAUCGAUAAAUUGGUAGGCGAAAUUGAGGGGGUUGCAGCUCAAAAUUGUAUGCAUACUGCACAGAAAUAACUUUUGUCUGUUUUCUCUUUUUCUCAAUUGUCAACAACCAAAAGUUCAUUUUGUCAAAAGAACUGGAUUUCUUCCUUUCUAUACUUCAGUUUUGUUUCUUCUUCUUUUUUUUUUCCUUCCCUCUUUAAAUAAUCUUUUUUCCUGUUUUGAAUAUACGGCUACACAGGUAACUGCUGAUUUUAGUUGAGUAUCUAACAUGAUUUUUUUUUUUUGUAGCAGUAUUAACAUGUGAGUAUAAAUACAGAAAAAAUGUCUAAGGAAGGAGAAGUAGAAGUUGUAGGAGAGAGAAGAAAAAGUGCCCGAAUAAUGGUUUUGGAGGAAGAGAAGAGGAAUGAAAGGCUGAAACGCAACUUAAGUGUCAUUGCCUUCAAUAACAAUCUCAGCAAAGCAGGCUAUACUGUGAAUGGCUCUCUUGAGAAUGAGCAGCAGCUGCAUCAUGGUCUUGCACCCUCAAGCAGAGCAAUGCCAGCCUCUCCUCCACUCAAACGUGGUCGCAAGCAGAAACGACUUGAAGACCUUGUCUUGCCUUCCUUUGCCAAAAAUCUGCUCCAACAGGGUGGAGAAAACAGACAACAUGGAAAUACUUUAACCAGACAUGAUCAACAAGUGAAUGAAUUGCCAUCCGCACCAUGGAUACCAGAAAAACGUGUACUUGAGCUCAUCCUUGAUAUACUGCAAAGGAGGGAUACACAUAAAAUAUUUGCUCGGCCUGUUAACCCCAAAGAGGUGGACAACUACUACACCAUUAUCAAAGAACCGAUGGAUUUUAGUACCAUGAGGACCAAGCUUCAGGAAGGGCAUUAUACAAGCUUGGAAAAAUUUGAGCAUGAUGUGUUUCUGAUCACCAGCAAUGCAAUGCAUUUUAAUUCAUCAACUACAAUAUACUAUAAGGAGGCUCGUAGUGUACAAGAUGUAGCCCAAGUAAUAUUUCAAUGUCUGAGAACUGAUCCACAAAAACUCGAGUCACGAUUAAUAUCUGCAAUAAGAUCAGGAGGCCCUGGAAAGAGACCCCUAAUAAGCGAAAUCAGAGGUCGACGAGCAAAAGUUCCUAGGCUUGGUGGCUUUAAAAUUGGUCCUUCACCUCUUGGACCAAGAGAUUGCCGGAAAUCUGGUACCUUAUCCGAAAGAGAAAGACCUUUGAUCCCGUUUUGCAAUGACUAUGAAUCACUAGUCUCACCUGUUUAUGAUGCUUACACAACACUAGUACAUAUUGAUGAAAAUGAGAAAUUUGGAUACAAAGAAAGGCUUUUAAUGUUUGUCAAAAACUUGGGACCAACGCCCCAGAAGGUGGCUGCCAGAAAGUUGAUCCAAUGUCUACCUAAUUAUCAAGCUCCAAACUUAUCUUGGCAGACUCAAAUCUCUAAUCAACAACAGACCACUCAAAGAUUUCUGCUUCCGUCACCAACAACAUCAUCUCUCCCAUUGAGAAUUCCUUCUCAAAGUCCUAAAAUUGCCUCCACAGUCUCUACCUUAGCUGUUAUCUCAAAUAAUGUUUCUUCUCAUGGGAAGAAUAGCACAUUCAAUCUCAACCUUCAGGCUUCUCCUGUAGAUCAAGGAACUGUUGGCAGCUCUUAUGGUGACAAUAAAGUCCAUGAGCCAGUUGAUGAUAGAAGAUUAAAGAUAGAUAGUCUACUUAUGCCUCCCCCAAAGGAAAAGAGUCCCAAUGAUCAAGAUGUGCUAAGAAAAAAGUCAUUUAUCUCCAAUAAUAAGAAUGCUCAAAAUGGAGGAAGAACUAUCAAGGCUCAUUUGAAUGGCUCAGUGGUAGCUAAAACAAGUGACUUCAAUGGGAAAAUGGGAAACUUUCCUAAAACUUUUCUCCGGGAAAAGGUAGCUGGUCAACAAAACAAUACUGGUAAAAUGUCAUUCAUAUUUGAUUACAGCGCAGCCAAAAGAGGAGGAGAUAACAAGUAUCUUCAGAAGGGGAAAAUGGUAGUAGAAAAAAGUGACUUCAAUGGUAAAAUGGAAAAUUUUCAUGGGAAUUAUUUCCAGGAAAAUAUAACUGGUCAACUGGAGAAUAAUAUUCAGGUGCCAUUCAUGUUGGAUAACGAUGUUGCAUCCAACAAAGAAAGACAUAACAAGUAUCUGUUGAUAGACAAAAUGGUAGCUGAAACAACCAACUUCAAUGAGAAAUUGGAAACUUUUCCUGGGAAUUUUGUUACGGAAAAUGUUUCUGGCCAACGGGAGAAUACUAGUCCAAUGUUAUUUUUAUUGGAUAGCGACAUUGCAGCCAACAGAGGGAGAGAAAAUCAGCAUCCUUUGAAGGGGAAAAGGAUAGCUGAAACGAGCGACUUCCAUAAGAAACUAGGAAAUUUUCCUAAGGAUUUUCACAGGGGCAAUGUAGCUGGUCAACGGGAGACAAAUGGCACAAUGUCAUUCUUAUUUGAUAAUAACAUUACAGCCAGCAGAGGGAGAGAUAUCCAGUAUCCUUUGAAGGACAUAAUGGUAGCUGAAACAAGUGACCAUAAUGAGAAGAUGAGAAAUUUUUCUGGGAAUUUUCUGCGGGAAAAUGUAGCUGGUCAACAAGAGAUUAGUAUUCAUAUGCCAUUCAUGUUGCAUAAUAACAUUGCAUCCAGCAGAGGAAGAGAUGAUAAGUAUUGUUUGAAAGAAAAAACAGUAGGUGAAUCAAGUGCCUUCAAUAGAAAAAAGGGAAAUUUUCCCUGGGAAAGUGUAGCUGAUCGACAAGUGAGUAGUAUACAAAUGCCAUUCAUGCUGGAUAAUAACAUUGCAGCCAAAAGAAACAAAGAUGACAGUGAUUGGUUGAAAGGAAAAACAGUAGGGGAAGCAGGUGCCUUCAGUGAGAAAGUAGAAAAAAUUUCCUGGGAAGGUUUAGGUGAUCGACGAGAGAAUAGUAUACCAAUGCCAUUCAUGCUGGAUAAUAACAUUGCAGCCAAUGGAAACAAAGAUGACAGUGAUUGGUUGAAAGGAAAGACAGUACCGGAAGCAAGUGCCUUCAGUGAGGAAGUGGGAAAUUUUUCCUGGGAAAAUGUAGCUGAUCGACGAGAGAAUAGUAUACAAAUGCCAUUCAUGCUGGAUAAUAACAUUGCAGCCAACGGUAACAAAGAUGACGUUGAUUGGUUGAAAGGAAAAACAGCAGCGGAAGCAAGUGUCUGUGAGAAAGUGGGAAAUUUUUCCUGGGAAAAUGUAACUGAUCAACGAGAGAAUAGUAUACAAAUGCCAUUCAUGCUGGAUAAUAACAGUGCAGCCAACGGAAGCAAAGACGACGGUGAUUGGUUGAAAGGAAAAACAGUAGCGGAAGCAAGUGUCUGUGAGAAAGUGGGAAAUUUUCCCUGGGAAAGUGUAGCUGAUCAACGAGAGAAUAGUAUACAAAUGCCAUUCAUGCUGGUUAAUAACAUUGCAGCCAAUGGAAACAAAGAUGACGGUGAUUGGUUGAAAGGAAAAACAGUAGCGGAAACAAGUGCCUUCAGUGAGAAAGUGGGAAAUUUUUCCUGGGAAAAUGUAGCUGAUCGACCAGAGAAAAGUAUUCAAGUACCAUUCAUGUUGGAUAGUGACAUUGCAGCUGACGGAGCCAAUGAUAACUGUUAUGGUUUGAAAGGAAAGACAGUAGCAGAAAUAAGUGCUUUUAAUGAGAAAGUGGGAGAUUUUCCCUGGGAAAAUGUAGCUGAUCAACGUGAGAAGAGUAUUCAAGUGCCAUUCAUGUUGGAUAAUGACAUUGCAGCUGAUGGAGCCAAAGAUAACUGUUAUGGUUUGAAAGGAAAGACAGUAGCAGAAAUAAGUGCUUUUAAUGAGAAAGUGGGAAAUUUCCCCUGGGAAAAUGUAGCUGAUCAACGUGAGAAGAGUAUUCAAGUGCCAUUCAUGUUGGACAAUCACAUUGCCCCCAAUAGAGGCGAAGAUAAUAGUUAUUGUUUGAAAGGAAAGACAGUAGCAGAAAUAAGUGCCUUCAAUGAGAAAGUGGGAAAUUUUUCUUGGGAAAAUGUAGCUGAUCGACAAGAUAAUAGUACUCCAGUGCCAUUCAUGUUGGAUAAUAUCAUUGCAGCUAGUGGAGGCAAAGAUAACAAUCAUUGUUUGAAAGGAAAGACAGUAGCAGAAACAAGUUCCUUCAUUGAGAAAGUGAGACAGUUAUCCUGGGAAAAUGCAGCUGGUCAACAGGUGAAUACAAGUCAAGCGCCAUUCAUGUUGGAUAAUAAUAUUGUAGCCAACAGAGGAAGAAAUGUCAAUUAUUGUUUGAAUGGAAAAACAGUAGCUGAAACAAGUGCCUUCAAUGAAAGAAAUGAAAAUUUUCCCUGGGAAAAUGUAGCUGACCAACGAGAAAAUACUAGUCAAACACCAUUCAUGUACGAUAAUAAUGUUGCAGCCAAUGGAGGAAAUGAUGGCAGUUAUUGUUUGAAAGGAAAAACUGUAGAGGAAACAAGUGCCUUCAAUGAGAAAGUGGCAAAUUUUCUCUGUGAAAAUGGGGAUGGUCAACAGGAGAAUACCAGUCAAAUGCCAUUCAUCUGUAAUAAUUAUAUUGCAUCUCGCGGAGGUAAAGAUACCCAGCAUCAUUCGCUGGGCAAAAUGGUAGCAGAAACAAGUGCCUUCAAUGAGAAAAGAGGAAAUUUUUCCAAGAAUUUUCUCAGGGAGAAAGUAGCUGGUCAACGGGAGAAUUCUAGUCAAAUGCCAUUCAUAUUGGAUAACAAUAUUGCAACCAAUGGAGGAAGAAACACCAAAUACCCUUUGAUGGGCAAAUCAGUCGCUGAGACAAGUGACUUGAAUGACAAAAUGGAAAAAAAUUCUGGGAAUUUUCUCAGAGAAAACGCAGCUGGUCAACAUGAGAAUACUAGUCAAAAUAAAUGCUGGUUAGCUUCACAUUUCCGGGUUAUCCCAGUUCAUGAUGAUGGUGAUUCAUACACUCCUUGUGGGAGCACAAAAACCAGGUUCAGGACUGUCGAUAUGUUGGCAGAAGGUAACGAUAUUAUGAAUCAUAACAUUAGGCUGCAAAAAGGGAAACAAGUAGAACGAGUUCAACAGGCUUCAUUGGAUAGAGUUGAUCAACUCUCCACUAAAUGGGAGUCAAGGUUGAAUGACUUUGUUGAUAGAAGCAAUGAUCUGGGCCCAACUUUCAUGUCUACUAUUCCUGAAGAAAUGAAGUUCCUGUACCCUUCACCUACAUCUUCUGACACUACUGAUCUGCUUGAUCCAUGGGGCCAAUCAGAUGGGCUUUAUGGUUUGCAAGACCCAAUAAUGGGCCCAAACUAUGAUGGGAACUACACUCAGGUGUUGGAGGGAGGCACAGUCAGUAGUUUUCCAGUGACUUAUAAUAAUGAAGAUAAUUCAUUGAACCAGCUGAACUACACUCCUAUGAGUUUGAGGCCAGAUUUGCAGGCUCCUGCUUUGUCAUCAGGCCAGUUGGGGGUACUAAUGCCAUUGACCAAUGAAGCUAGUUUUAUUCUCCAUGAAAGAGUUGAUGAUGACCGGGAUCCACAACUACAGUACUUGAACGACACCGAUCAGCUACCUGAUUUGGAUCUUCAGCUCUGAUGAGAUCAUCUUUUUAAACUACUUCUGCCCAUGUUUAGGGAACCUAUCAAUUUAAGUGUUUCUUAUUUGUCAAUUUUAAGGUUGGGACUCGAAGUUUUUGAUAUAUAAGAAUCUUUUCUUGUUGCU